GGCUACUGAAAAAGCAGCAGGACUGCGGGACGCGCUGCCCGUGGGUGCUUUGUUCUGUGGAACCAUCCAACAAAAAAAGGUCCACUUGGAGAACAAAUGCUGUAAAAGGGAACGUAGGUGUGGCGGGUUUGCUGUCCUUUUUUAUUUUUCAAUUCUACAUCUUUUUUUUGUUUUCAUCCAUCACCACCACCAAGCGUGCGUUUUGACGCAGGACGUGUCCCCUCCGUCCCAUCAUCAUGUGGAUCAUUUUGGUGUUUCUUGUCAGCUCCGUCUCCCCCGGGGACAGCUGGGGGUGUCAGCUCCCCCACGACUGGAGACCCCAGACGGAAGCGUGCCGCGCGGAGCUGGCGGAGAUCAUCGUUUUUGCCAAAGUGCUGGCUCUGCACAAAGAGUCUUACAGCGUUUACAACUACCUGCCGUGGCAGCACGACACCGACCUGCUCUUCUCCGCCGAGAUCGAGCUCCUGUGCGACCAGGCGUGGGGCAGCAUGCUGGAGGUCCCCGCCGGCUCCAGGUUCAAUGUCAGCGGCCUGGGAUACCUGCCGUGCGUCUCCUACAGCGUCACCAGCAACAACAACUACUACUUCUUUCUCAGGAUGGAUGAAAACUACAACAUGAUUCCUCAUGGAGUGAACUUCCAGGAUGCCAUUUUCCCCGAUACGGCAGAGAACCACCGCAUGUUUGCCAGCCUCUUCCAGUUUUCUAACUGCACUCCGGGAACUCAAGUCCACAGUUUUACCCCAGAGUGGGAGGCCCAGGAGGACAGCCGGCUGCUGUGCUCCACAGUGCAGAAGGCUCUGUUUGAGGAAGAGGAGCGGGUGAGGACUCUGUCCCAGAAAGUGCGUACCUUGGAGAAAGCCAACGGGCAUCUGAGGGAGAAGGUGAAGACUCUGAAACGUCUGCUGCGCCAGGCCCAACGAGACACAGGCAAGGAGCAUCAGACUGCGAGCCUAAAGCAGCUCUACGAGCCAAGGAGCCCACACAGCCACCCUGAUCAGGACACCACCCGAGAACAAAAGAAAACUCCUCUGAAGAAGGUCCUCAAGCUAAAAACCUAAGGUUUUCCUCUCUGUUAUAGCAGAAAUAAGGGAGCAAAAUUCAACAAAAAUGAUCAAAACAGAAGAUUUAACCACAAUUUCAAUGUUUUCUAUAUUUAAAAAAAAAGUUUGGAAAACUUGGUCUUUUCUCUUUGAGUGCUGGACACCAUUCAUCAAAUGUGUAUGACCCUCUCGACUCUAUGUGACAACCACUACAUGCAUUUUGUGCAUAUUGCAUGGAUAAAAAUUGGACAUACCUGAAUAUAUGUGAAAAAAGUGAGAAAAGUUGCGGUCUUUAUGUGAAAUCUUCACCAAUGAAUGAACCACAUUAAAAUCACGAAAGACGUAUAAAUUAUAAACCUCUCAAAGCAGAACAUGAACCGUGCGUGAUUAUUGCACUGUUUAAUUCAUUAGUGAUUUGUGCAUCAAGUAAGUAAUUUUAACCUGAUGUGCGCCUUAUAUGCAAUAUAAAAGUUAUACAUCGGUGGGACAUGCGUGAAAAGUCUGUUAGACAUGCAUGGAACGUUCAUGGACAGCCACAUUCACGCACAAUUGCGUAAGAUAUUUGUAAUAAUUGCGCAUAAACUGCGUAAAAUACGCAUGAUCUGCAUCAUUCUUAAUAAACCAAAAUGCUCAAAAUGUGUGUAGUGGCUGUGUGACAUGGCUUUAAAAUAAAAUUCUCCUAAUUAACUUUUAUUUUGAUAUCAUUUUGGAGUAACGUGUCCUCUUUUCAACUCUCACAAACCGAACUUUCUUCAAUGAAUGCAAACCACAUCAAAUGUCUUUAGCAACACAACUUUUAAAAUCUUUGAACACAAGAAUCUAGAGUAGCAAAGUCUAAAUGGUUUUUGAUGGAGAGCUUGAAGUGCCAGACUGUUUCACUUUUUUAAGGUUUAAAGGUUAAAGGAAAAGGGGAGAGGAGUGCUGAGCUAAAGACGUCAGAACGAUCAACAGAGACACAAAGAUCCACAAAAAAAUACACACAGAGGUCCCACUCUGACACAGAAAUAAGCAAAGUGAAUGUGGCCGCGGCCCUAACAUGCUGAUUCAGAGGAUAUUCUCUGGUGGAACUUUUACAUACCCCUGAGUUUGUUUCUAUCUCAACUUUACAAGCUGACAUGGAAGUGUGAGAGAAGAUGUUAACAUUGCAUUUGCAUACAGCUUUAAACCUUGUGCUAUCUUAGAUGACUCCACCCUUGCAUUGAUGUGUUCUCCCUAUCAUGACAAAGGUGGAUAAAGGUGGAAAGAUUUCAUGUAAUCUAUGGACACCAGUGAAGUUCACAAAUCAUUGAAGAAAAAAGGUUCAGCGCACUGUCUAGUGGGUCUAGAUGACCCAACUCCCAACAUUAAAAUACCUAGGAAAGCACAAGGGUUACACACAACAUACGUUGUUCUUCAAGUGACAGCACAGCCUGUUUAGACAUAAAGGUGUUAAAAAGAAGAAGGCUUUGUAAAAUGGACUGAUUAAUCGUCGAAAGAGUACUUCCAGGUCUUUUUCAUGCACAAACUGUUAUAAGUUGCUGCGAUAAUCUUUUUAAUUUGUCCUUUUUAAUAGAUUUUUACAUUAGGAACACUAAAAAAAAGUCACAAAUUUUUACUUAAACUUUCUUUUAUCAUAUUUUUAUCCUUCAGUUUAAUUUUUUUCCCUGUUAAAAUAUCAUUUUUUGUGAUGUGUACCUCUUUAAAUUUUCAUUGUAUGUUGAUUAUUCGAUUGAACACAAGGUGCUGAGCAUCUUGCUAAGCUGUCAAGAUAGAAAACUGGCUAAUUUUGUAGAUGACAUAUAUCAUACAUUGCUUUUGUUUAUUGAUUUGUUGUCAUACUGAACAAAUCAUUGAUCAUCUAUCAGCUCUGCGAUAAUUGCGUCAUGAAUAAAGUCAUUUUUACAUCCA